GUGAUGCUACUUGCAUCGCCCUAGGCUUCAUUUAGAAAGUAAAACCCCCUUCUAAAGUUUUCAUCUUUUUCUCCUCCCAGGAACAGAGAUGAUGAAGAAGUUGGGCAUGAUCCCUAAUCUCAAACUCUCUCUCCCACCUCCUGAUGAGGAUUCCUUGGUCAAAUUCCUAACUCAAAGCGGGACCUUUAAGGUUGGUGAUCUGCUGGUCAAUAGGGAUGGAGUCAGAAUUGUGUCUGAAAGUGAAACUCAAGCUCCUCCUCCAAUUAAGCCAUCAGAUAACCAGUUGAGUUUAGAAGACAUGGAUAUAAUUAAAGUUGUGGGGAAGGGAAACGGAGGAGUUGUGCAAUUGGUGCAACACAAAUGGACUAGCCAGUUUUUUGCAUUAAAGGUUAUUCAAAUGAACAUUGAGGAACCAGCAAGAAGGCAGAUCGCACAGGAAUUGAAAAUAAACCAAUCCUCACAAUGUCCAUAUGUUGUUGUUUGCUACCAGUCUUUUUACAAUAACGGUGCUAUUUCUAUUAUCUUGGAGUAUAUGGAUGGUGGAUCUCUGGCAGAUUUUCUGAAAAAAGUGAAGACAAUUCCUGAACCAUUUCUUGCUGCAAUAUUUAAGCAGGUGCUCAAAGGGUUGGCUUAUCUUCAUCAUGAAAAGCACAUUAUCCACAGAGACUUGAAGCCUUCUAAUUUAUUGAUAAACCAUAGAGGUGAAGUCAAGAUCACUGAUUUUGGUGUCAGUGCUAUAAUGACUAGCACCUCUGGACUGGCUAACACUUUUGUUGGCACAUACAAUUAUAUGUCUCCAGAGAGAAUUAUUGGAGGUGAUUAUGGCAACAAAAGUGACAUUUGGAGCCUGGGACUAGUGUUGCUUGAGUGUGCAACUGGUAAAUUUCCAUUUUCCCCUCCAGAAGCAGAAGAAGGAUGGACUAACUUUUAUGAGCUUAUGGAAGCAAUUGUUGAGCAACCACCACCUUGUGCACCUUCUGAUCAAUUCUCUUCAGAGUUUUGCUCAUUUAUCUCAGCAUGUGUACAGAAGGAUCCAAAGGACAGAAAGUCAGCACCUGAACUUAUGACACAUCCUUUCAUGAACAUGUACAAUGACUUGGAUUUGGACCUGUCAUCCUACUUCACCAGCGCAGGAUCCCCACUUGCAACCCUUUAGAACCUAUCUGUUUUCUUAUGAUGCCACCUUUGAACUAAGCACAAGGCUUGUAAGUUUUCAUGGAAUCCAGCCACUGCAAAUCUUAGGAAGUUUCGAAGAUCUCUAAUUUUCUUUGUGAAUCAAGUGGAAAGACUUUGUUUAUGCCAAUGUUAUUGUACUGCUCCAACCCAAGCCUUUAAAGCAUCAACUAUUCUCAAAAAUGAGGCUUUAAUGCCAGAAGGUUUGCAGUGCGAGAAACACCAUAUGCUUUUUCUGUACUAAGAAUAAGAAAAUUUAUGAUUGAAAGGUACUCUAAUAUAAGCACAUAUCAAGUGACUGUCUUGACAGGAAUAGAAAUUCUACCAAAUGGAACAAUGAAAUUUGAUUUUUCUU